ACGACCGCCACCGUGGAAGAAACCAGCAGCACAUGGCACCAGGCCUACACAAACUCGGGCUACAGCCCUGCUCCAUCCUCACCCGAACACUUGUGCAGGGCCUGUGGAGGCCACUUGGACACGGCGAGCAGGAAUGUGUGUGUAGACUGCAAGAAGCACUUCUGCAGCCGCUGCUGGGUACAGCCCGAGCUCGGGCCUGCACUCUGCCAGACGUGUCGGCGCUUCGUCGGCACUCGUUUCGAGAGGACCCAGUUGAUGGGGCUGAAGGUGAAGGAGCUGCGUGACUACCUGCACCUGCAUGACGUCCCCACUCACAUGUGUCGUGAGAAGGAGGAGCUGGUUGAACUCGUGUUGGACCAAAACACACCCAGCAGCAGUAGCAACAGCAGUAGCAGCAGCAGUAAUGGUUGCAGCAACUCUGCCCCACAGCUCGCCGCUCCAGACGUCUCCCAGUCCCACGAUCCUCCGUCCCAGGCAGCCGAGGAGCCAGAGACUCUCACAGAGGAGGAAGAGGAGGAGGAAGAGGGUGAAGAUGAAGAGGAGGAUGAAGAGGAUGAUGAUGAUGAUGAGUCGACAGACAGCGAGGAGACGUUAGUGCACAGUCGCAGGGCUUCUCUGUCUGAUCUGAGUAGUGUGGAUGACAUUGAAGGUCUUACAGUGCGGCAGUUGAAGGAAAUACUGGCACGCAACUUUGUCAACUAUCAGGGCUGCUGUGAAAAGUGGGAGCUGAUGGAGAGAGUUAAACGUCUCUUUAAUGACCAGAAAGACCUCCACAACCUGGCAGCAGAACCAGCUGAGCCGAGCAGCCAGGAGGAGAACCUGUGUAAGAUCUGCAUGGACUCGCCCAUCGACUGUGUGCUGCUGGAAUGUGGCCACAUGGUGACGUGUAGCAAGUGCGGCAAGCGCAUGAGCGAAUGUCCCAUCUGUAGACAGUAUGUGGUGCGCGCCGUGCACGUCUUCCGAUCCUGAUGGAGGGCCACGGAGAGCCGGAGAACCUGGAGAGCACUCCUUUAUGUCCACAUACAUUCCAAAUACCAUUCCUGUCUGGAAGGCCUGAGAGAUGUGAGGCUCAGUCUCCGUUCUGUUCGAUUCUUAUCACUUCCUACAAGACUUUUUCUUUUUUCUUCUUCUUGUUCUUUCUUUUUUUUUUUCUUAAUCUGGGAAUUGCGACAUGUGUAUCCUUUUUCACUGGGAACAGACACGGUCGGGUUCAGAAACAGCUAACUUAUCAUAAAAUAACAUAUCAUGAAAUUUAUUAAGCUAGUUAAGAACAAGCGAGCUUACCUUAUCUAGUGAACAUAUCUCCGCCGUUACGCAAUUGCAUAUCUCAAACUAAUAUAAUCCAAAUAAUGACGUCUUUUUCAGCUCCAGGGAAAAGGGGGCCAUAAGCAAUUUGCAUAGUUACCAUCUAAACUGCGUUUCAGCAUGUACACGGUGACUGCUUGAGUUUGUCUAUUUUGUUUUCUCAUCACGUACAUCGACACAGCGUGUAAUACAGGUUUCGAGCAUUUAUACCACAGCAUUGUUAGAUUCACAAUUCUGAUGAUGAAUUUUCAAUGAAAAAACUGCUCAGACGUUUAUUUAUCAUCCGUGGAAGAAACCUCCGGUGUCAGUGCUUUGUAACAAUAUGUAGGUUUUCCAUCCAUGGAAGUCUUCAGAAUAGAAAUUUUCUCUGUAACAGCAGGCUACAUUUUUUAUUAACUUCAAGAAAAAGCAACAGAGACACACGUGAAGGAAUAACACAUCAUAGCUGCUAUAAUCACUUACAGAAACGUACUUAUUAACUGUAGCUGUAAGCCGUGCGAUUGCUGUAGUAUAAAAGGAAUAAAACACUGUUAUAUGAUUAUUUUCACUUAUGUUCAGUUUGAUAACUGCAUGUCUUCUCAUGCCAUUAAUAGACUACUUUGUUUAAUACACUGUGGUUUAACAGCUCUAGUGUUUUUAAGAGCUACAGCCAUGGAGGUGGUGUGGCUAUAACUGCGUGCUAAAACUUUUCAGCUCCAGAUGAAAAGCUAAUGUGUAGGCUGCAUGUGCAUGUCUAUAAUCAGGUGCUACUUUCACUUCUUUACAUUACAGAUCUCGUAGGCCUCAUCAGUGGAGUUAUUUUCCUGUCAAAAUUCAUCAUUCAUGAACGCCACAAUGAAAUUUAUAUUAGGAAUAUUCAGGAUUUGGUAUGGUUUUCUCCCAACUCUGAAAAACAUGCUAACCGGUGGAUUCUCUGUGAUAAAUUGCCCCUAGUUGUGAAUAUGCCACUAGGUGUGUGUGUGUGUAAUAGAGGUACCUUUUCCAGAGGGUAUUUCUACCUUGCACCCAGGUCGCCCUCGGAUAGGCUACAGAUUCACAGUGGCUCUGAUAAAGACACAUGUAUUGUAAUGAUGAAGGAUGAUUGAAUCAAAUAUGUUUCACUGGCUAUACUGGUUUCCUGUUAAUCUUGAUUGGCUUCAUAAAGUUAAAAAUCAUAAUAGAUCUUAAUAUAUUGGAUAAAUACUGGAUAUGUCUAUGAACAAAUGGUAAUUUGAAAGAAAUGUGCAAGAUGCAUGCACACAAAAUUUAUGGUGUGACUCCAUACACAACAUCAUUCAGAUAUGAUCGAUGAUUUUGCUAUUGUAUUCACGUAUGAUGACGUUUGACAAGAAAACAUCUUUUUUUUUUUCCUCAACACUAAACCUCCAUAAUGCAUUUGCAAGAUGAGCGUCAUGCUUUUUCAGUGCGGUAGAGUUACUCUAUACAGCCUCAUCGCCAUCUGAUUUCUUAUGCACAGUAGACCGUUGUGCUGAGCCGGUGGUUUCUGGAUAGUUUCAUGGUCUUCCUUCAGAUGCGUGCAGCUGUAACACUAGCCUUGGUCUGUGUUAGUCACAUGGUGCUCUUAUUACUGCCCACAUGUCCACUUAGUGCUCUACAUCAGAGAGCUUUUUAACACACUGCUAGAUGCUCAUAGGGGUUUUCAAGUGUCAAACCAGGGACCUCUUUAGAUGUUGUAGAAAAAAAGAUUCCCAGGAUCUUCUCAAUACAGGUUUUAUAUUAGAAUUUAAAUAUUAGUCUCCUUAUUUAAAUGUGUACAGUAAUAUUUUGCCUAUUUAUUGACAGAACUUUUUUUUUUUGUAUUAAAUCUGCCUUGGUGUUAUUUACAGAUCUUGUUGUUUUUGAGUUUUAAUUAAACCAAUUCAAAUCAAGUGACCAGUCAUAAAGUCUUAUAAUAUAACAACCCGAUGAUAAAUUUUAUAGUGUUGAAAAUGGUUCUGACUUCCAGCACUGUAUCAGAUUAUAAAAUAAUCCCAGACUCCCUGGCUAUGCCCCAGAGGUCCCUGGAUCCCUCUUGGAGAACCGCAGUGUUACACCAAUGCAACGUUUUCUGAGGCAAAAAUAUAAAUGUAAAUAAUCUGGUUCGUUAAUGAAGACUUUUCAAUUAAUCAUUUACAAUGCUUAUUUAUCAAUAUGUAAUAUUAAUUUUGUUUAAUUAUUUAUUUAUUCUGAAUGUACUAUAGCAGCACUUCUGGGCCAAAUGUAGUAAGAAACGUAGUAACGUACGCCAUAUUUAGUUCCGCUAUAGGAUUUAGUGAUAGUCAUCUUCUGUCUGUUUUAAGGGAACAGUAAUUGUGAAUUAAUCAUAUCAUUAUCCAGGGAAAUUUCAUAUUCAAAUAAAAAAGCCUGUACUUUUCCUUGUUGCUCAAAUUGUACCAUCAAGGGGACAGGUUUUGUACCUGGAAAUGUGAAUAUAGUAUUUAAGUAAGAACUAAUUUAAGGUGCAAAAGUCGAUUUCGAGGACCACUAAUGAACCUUUAAAAACUUUACUCGAAAGCUGAUAAAAGGUAAUACACAUCACUGAAAAUACAUACUACAGGUACUAAAGCUACACACUUGAUGGUAAGUGUAUGAAUUGAACAACUUGCCAGAGCAGCAUUUUUCACCCAUUCACACUGCACUGUUCCAAGGAAGGGCAAAUGGCCACUUUUAUAUUACACGUGUGUUUUCUGCAACAGUCUUUAGUGUUUUAGUGAAAUAUAUAAGGUCACAUCUAAUGACGUAUCCAGACUGCUAUAAAUCUGUAGCAUGUAGAUGAAAAUCAUGUGUUUGAUUAUUGUUUUGUUUCUCCCUGAUAAGCUGAUAUGCAAAUGGUCUCACUGAGGCUAAGCUUUGUUGCUGACAUGUAGGGAUACACCGAUCCAACACUAGCAUUUCGAAACCCAACGUUGGUCCGAUACUCAGAUUUAUUCCUAACCAGAUCGGAUCCGUUAAUAAGUGUGGCGGCCUGGGAAAACCCUUCACGUCAUUACAUUUUGAACUGUAGUUCAGAAAGCUAUGCAACUCUUUAAUCUGGUUACACAGUGAACAUUAAACAUUUUGAGCUUUUAUUCUGACUGUGGUCUUGAACUUUAUAGUUUGUAUCUGAAUACAGACUGAAUUGAUGAGACUCUCCACAUAGUUUUAGUAAAGUAUAUUAGUCUUUUGUUAUAAUGCGGGGGGGCACGGUGGCUUAGUGGUUAGCACGUUCGAUUGGGGGUUCGAU